ACUGCGGAGUUUAUAAAACACUUAUAUGGGCGGCCCCUGUUUCCUUGUUCGCGACAGAUGUGUUAACUACUCCGCGCGUCGUUUCGCUAUCUGGCCACAAUCGACUACAUGGACCACAAUAAGUACCACAUCGAAACCCUAGAGCAAUUGGUGGACGCGAAAAAGGAAGCUCAAGUCCUGCGCGAGAGACUCACAAGAUUAGAAGAUGCAGUAAAUGAACGCGAUAGGUUGAAUGUGUUGAUACAAGCAAAGAACGGACAGGCCGAAACGGAAACACGCCAACUUCAUGAGCGAAACUCAACGUUAGAGCAAGAUGUGAUGCGCUUGCAGGACGAGAAUGUAGCGCUGCAACAUGCAACGGAAGAGCAUGACGCACUGCGCAGAUCGCUUGAACUGUCAACGCAGGAUGCUUUGACGAAACAGCAGAAGGUUGAUACACUGGAAAAACGGCUUCGUGAGUUGACCGAAGAAAAGGAAGCCUUGACGCGUGAGCUUCAACUCGGCCAAGCUACCGCACGAGUUGUUCGCGUGGAGGUUGGCGUGAACACAAAUCCUCUCCCAUCUCCCAGUCACGGUAGCAAGCCUAAUGGUGCUAAUUUGUCAGUCAUACGGGGCGCCUCGACAGCUGGGCCACUGUUUCGCGCUCGCCACUUGAAGCAAGAAGCACCUGCCACUGCUGAUACUCCUGCAGCUUAUUCCCCCUCCAAUCCGAGUCAGAUACCCGCUACCCGAACGAGACUCAUCGCAAAUGUACCACAGGUCAUUCCUGACCUUCCCGACGAUGGAAGUACGUGUUUUUCGCGGCCAUUCCUAUCAAUCCAUCUCGGCGGAGGGUCACAAUCUCUCAUUGUGAAGAUAGGGUGCCAAAAAACACUAUCGAAAAAAUUCGGUAUAACAAGCUAUCUUUGUCCGAAUCUAUGGGAAAACCCUUGGUGUCCAACAAGACCUGGCAUGGCCGGGUACAUGUUUGUUGGCUUAGGGGAUGAAAUUCACAGAUUCGUUCGCCCAGAGGACCAGGUACACGAACUUUUCGUUGGAGUUGCGAAAACCAACUACAAACUUAUGGGCCGGUAUCAGGCCCAUCGUGUCGAACCGUUAACGGUUGCUGAAUGGCAGAGUCUGCCCGAUAAUGUUCGAUCCAAGUACUGCGAAACUACGCAACGCAAAUCGAAAGACUCACGUUCCGUCGAGGACAUCAACGCAGCUUAUGAGAGUGGCGAACUACGUGCGCCGUGUGUCAAGUUAACGUGUAUUGAUUUCAAGGAGAAUCUCUACAACAGCCUGAAGGCGCGAAAAACAGCACAGUACAGUACUAUCGAGAGCUCUGCGUCAUCUCAGUGUUCGGUUAAACGUCACCUUCCUGCCAGGCGCUCGUCAAACAAACGCCGCCGCAUUGAACAUGAACAUGACAGCGACGUUGACGAUGAUUCCAUUGACUGCGAUUCCGAAUAUGUCGAAACAUGACCUGCAUUACUUACAUAAUUCGUCUUGAGACGCUCGAGCUCAUAUUGAAGUGCUAGUGCUACAUACCUACCAGUCACAAAGGCCUAAUAUCUCAACCCUGUAUCAUAGGUUCGAUUUCAUUUUUUGGUAACCGUGCUUUUAUACGACGUUGAAGCGCGAGAGCCGACAGACAUCUCGAACAAUGCCAGGCUGUCAUCGCAAGUCUCCGCUCAAUAAUCC